GAAAAUUGAAAUCGUCUUCUCUGCUUUCAACUUCACCGCUACACAGACACACUCUUCAGGAACAGUAAGCGCCAAAAUUCAUCAUCAAGGCUGAAGCUUUCUUCAAUGGAAGAAGAUACCCACGACGGAUCUCUCGAUCUCCAAGCGAUUCGCAGCCGCGUGAAUGAGCUCGAGUUCAUUCACCGUAACUGCAGAGACGAACCUGGAGAAUCCGAUUCCGAGACUCUGGUCCAAGAUUUUGUUCUUCAGUUUCAAAAGAACGUGAAUGAGAUUUUUGAAGAUUACGGCCAUGUUGAUUUAUUGGAUGUUGAAGAUUCAGAUGCUUACUUGGAGUAUUUGAGAAAGGAGCUUCAUUCUGUGGAGGCUGAAAGUGCCAAAGUUUCUGAAGAGAUUGAACGUCUUUCUAGGUCUCAUGCUGAAGAUUCUAGUAGGCUGGAAAGGGAUCUUGAAGGUCUUUUAUUGUCUCUGGAUUCUAUGUCAUCACAGGAUGUGGACAAGUCAAAAGAGAAUCCACCAUCUAGCAGCUCAAUGGAAGUAUGUGAAGUGAAUGAUGAUGACAAGUUUAAGAUCUUUGAACUCGAAAAUCAGAUGGAGGAGAAAAAGAUGAUUCUUAAGUCAUUGGAAGAUCUGGAUUCUAUACGUAAAAGGUUUGAUGCUGCAGAACAAGUUGAGGACGCAUUGACAGGCUUGAAGGUGCUCGAGUUUGAUGGAAACUUUAUUAGGCUCCAACUGCGAACAUAUAUUCCAGAACUAGACGGCUUGCCUGGACAGCACAAAUUUGAACACACUACUGAGCCAUCUGAAUUGAUACAUGAAUUGCUAAUAUACCUGAAGGAUAAAACUACAGAGAUAACAAAAUUGGAGAUGAUUCCAAAUGAUAUAUACAUAGGAGACAUCAUCAAGGCUGCUGAUUCUUUCAGGCAGGUAAGGUUACACUCUGCAGUGCUAGACACAAGAUCUUCAGUCCAGUGGGUUGUCGCCAAAGUGCAAGAUAGAAUUAUUUCAACCACUUUGAGAAAAUAUAUUGUGACGAGUUCGAAAACAAUCAGGCGCACCUUCGAAUACUACGACAAAGAUGAAACAAUAGUGGCUUAUAUAGCUGGAGGUAUUGAUGCAUUUUUAAAGGUCUCUGAUGGUUGGCCAAUGCUGAAUACCCCAUUGAAGCUUGCUUCUCUCAAGAGCUCGGACAAUCAGUCAAAGGGAAUUUCUCUGAGCCUCAUCUGCAAAGUUGAGGAACUAGCGAAUUCGUUGGAUUUACAGACCCGGCAAAACUUAUCAGGCUUCAUGGAUGCUAUUGAGAAAAUACUUGUGCAACAAACCCGUGAAGAACUCCAGUCCAAUGAAUCCUCCCAAAAGUGAAAGUACCAAGAAGAACCACCUAGCUUAUUGUUGUUGUCUUGGUUUGUGUAAUCUGCAACUUUUGGAAUUAUAAAAAAUCUUAUCUGUUAGUUACAUGCAAACAAUUCUUAUCUGUUAGAUACAUGCAAACAAUUCUUAUCUGUUAGUUACAUGCAAACCUCCCAUCUAUCAUAAACUUCCUCAGCAU